CAGCAUGAAGCUGGCAUUCCUCUUCCUUGGCCCCAUGGCCCUCCUCCUUCUGGCUGGCUAUGGCUGUGUCCUCGGUGCCUCCAGUGGGAACCUGCGCACCUUUGUGGGCUGUGCCGUGAGGGAGUUUACUUUCCUGGCCAAGAAGCCAGGCUGCAGGGGCCUUCGGAUCACCACGGAUGCCUGCUGGGGUCGCUGUGAGACCUGGGAGAAACCCAUUCUGGAACCCCCCUAUAUUGAAGCCCAUCAUCGAGUCUGUACCUACAACGAGACCAAACAGGUGACUGUCAAGCUGCCCAACUGUGCCCCAGGAGUCGACCCCUUCUACACCUAUCCCGUGGCCAUCCGCUGUGACUGCGGAGCCUGCUCCACUGCCACCACGGAGUGUGAGACCAUCUGAGGCCGGCAUGGUCUGCAGAGAGCAGCUAGCGGCCUCAGCCUCACAGACCCACCUGUGUGAGCAGCACAUGCAGUUAUACUUCCUGGAUGCAAGACUGUUUAAUUUCGACCACACCCAUGGAGGAGGUUACCUGUCGCUCCUUAGGUCCAGCUCAGGCAAAAGGCCCAAAUGCAGCCUACUUAUGCUAAAAGUUCAAAACAAUAUUCGUGCCUUCACCAAAAUAAUUUCUCCAGCUCACAUACCUGCAAAUUAAUUUUUCUUUGCCUUGAGUCUUGGAACAUAAUUUGUGUAUCACAAUCCUCCCCCAAUUUGGACUUACAAUAUGCUAAUGAUUUAAACACAUUGGAUGUAAUUAGGAUAUGGGGCUGGAAAGUCUUUAAAUUCUCAUGUUCUAUUUAACCACUGAUCUCCAACCGGAUUUAUGAUUAAAGGGCUAGAAAUGAACAAAACCCAUGUACUAGUCUUCCUUACCCCAGAGGAAUUCCAGCUGCAAGCUUCUUUAGGGAAAAUGCUCCCUUCCCCUUUUAACUGAGCAAUUAUCUACACAAGAAAUAAGACUGCUCAGAUAUACAAAGAGAGUAGCUUCAAUGAAAGGAUGUUUGGAUUUGGAUAAUUCUUUUCCCUAGCAAAAUUCGCUAGCUCCCUUAAGAGUCUUAAUAAAGAGGCUACGUUGGGAUUAAAAGAAAAAAAAAACAGAAAUAAAAUAUGUAACUAAUAGCUAUCUCAUUUAGCCUUAAAAACUUAUUAAACUAAACUCAUGUUUUAGAGUAUGGUGUUCUCCCAAAGCUAUGGCGAAAUGGCCAAUCACAAGUAUUCUUCCCCAUGUAUCAUAUUUUCAAUUUAAGUUGUAACUUACUAAACUCAGAAAUUUUAUAUGCGUUUAGGGGUAAAACUGCAUGGCUGGCUCAGAGGAAAAAGUCUGUGAUUUUCUAGCUCCUGCCUCUCUAAAAUCUUACAGUAGCUAAUUCUGUGGCUGGAAAAAACCUCCAAAACUCUAAUGUUAUGCAAAUGUCUUUAAUUCUGGCAUUUUUGGGGUUGAAUUUAACCUUGUUCCUUUUUCAUAAUGUGCCAAGAAAACCUAUAUUAAUGCCAAUAAAGCAUGUCCUCUGUCUUUCGGAUUCAUGACAACAUUCAAGAAAGUCUUUUUAAUUCUUAGUAUACUUGGAAUGACAGUGAGAAGCACACCUCAAAUAAACUACAAGGUUAUUUUUACUUAAGCAUUUAUGUGGCAUGUCAUGUUUAGUAAGGGACACAGACAGAUGACUCUGGGUAGCAUGAGUCCCAAUGGUGGCACAAACUGCAUAGACAUACCCCUGGGAGCCAGGAGUCCUUCUUGAAUAAGAACUCAAGGAGUCCCCCUAAAACACAGUAAAGCAAAUAUGGAGAUUGACAGUCAAGUACUGGGUUGCGGGGUGAACAUCUGGGAACAAAGGGCAGGAGCAAAAUCCACCCAACCUUUAGCAGAUGUGUUGGUAGGAAUGGAAGUCACUCUAACAUAAGAAGAAGGCAAGUACCUGGGGUCUCUGCUGGAACAGUGGGUGAUGAUUAGGGAUGAAUCCUGAGUGGUGCCACUCAAGUGUUUUCAACCCACCCCUAAAGACUUUCCUCAGAAUUUUCUGAGGCACAAAGGGCUUGCCAGGAUUUGAGAAAAGAUGACCGUAGCAUGAAUAAAGGUCCUGGCAGGAAACCGGUGAUCUAUUGUAGUGGGAUACAGAAGAGAUGAUUUACAAAUGUGUGGGCAGAAUUAAGGAAACCAACAAGUGGGGUUGAACAGAUCUGGUUCAGUGGCAAUGGACAACCCUAGGCUGAAGGAACAAGAGGAGGGAGUGAUUGUCAGACCCCAGAGAGAACUGUAGGAGUGAGAUCCUUGACAGGAGCUGCAGCCUUUGGUAGGAGGAUGCAGCCCUUCCCAAACUGAGACCUGGUAGGGAGGGAGGUGGGGGAGCAGAUACCCAUCCUCACUCUCCUCCCAUCCCCUGGUCUUCUGUUGA